UAUUUGUAGACUUCUAUUCUACCUGAUCCUGGGCAAGCAGCGAUUCUCCAACAUUGAAGAAGAUUAUGUCGCGAAUGCCAAAGGACGACUCUGCGAACAAAUCCUCCGGGAGUCGCGUCUAAUCGCCGAACUAAACUUCCCCGAGAUGUUCCGCGACCUGUUCAUGGAGCAGGUUUUCCUCUGUUCGUACGCUGGGUUUGUCGAGUUUCGGAAUCAAAGUUGGAUCAGUGAAGUUGUGGGCUGGCAGAACGCCAACGGAUGCUUCAAGUACUACUACCAGGAUGGAGUGGAGCAGUACGAUGGAGACAGUGCGAUUAGGGCGGUCUGUUCGACGCACAUGAGUGGAGUGGGGGCAGCGUUGCUGGGGUUGUUUGCAAAGUUGCAGUUUUAAACAAUUUCAAAGCAGUCAAAUAAAUCAAGUGAAGUGACGAAAGGCUUGUUGUGUGUUAUAAAAUAUCCAGUGCUGUAUUAAAUAAAGUUUCUGUUCAGCAUUCAUUAAAACAA